CGCUUCGCAUCUCCCCUUUUUAUCUCUCUGCAAAAAAUCCCUAAAGAGAGAGAAAGAGAGAGAGAGAGAGUAAAGAGAAGACCAGCAGCAGGGGACGGACUUCUCGCUAUCAUCCUUGUCUUCAUCUUCUUCAACAACCCUUCGAUCUGUUUCUCUAUCUAAUUUCAGUUUAAGGAGAGGAAAAGAUGACGUCUUUGAGUAGGGAACUUGUUUUUCUUAUCCUCCAGUUUCUGGAGGAAGAGAAGUUCAAAGAUACUGUUCAUAAGUUGGAGCAGGAGUCAGGAUUUCUCUUUAAUAUGAGAUAUUUUGAGGAAUUGGUGACGAAUGGGGAGUGGGAUGAGGUGGAGAAAUAUUUGUCUGGAUUUACUAAGGUAGAUGAUAAUAGAUACUCGAUGAAGAUAUUUUUCGAGAUUCGGAAACAGAAGUACUUGGAAGCACUUGACAGGAAAGAUCGUGCUAAAGCUGUGGAAAUCCUUGUGAAGGACUUGAAAGUUUUUUCAGCUUUUAAUGAAGACCUAUUUAAAGAGAUAACUCAGCUUUUGAUCCUGGACAAUUUUAGAGAUAAUGAACAACUUUCUAAGUAUGGGGAUACCAAGUCAGCUAGGAAUAUAAUGCUUGUUGAACUGAAAAAGCUGAUUGAAGCUAACCCUUUGUUCCGGGAUAAGCUGGCUUUUCCUAGUCUGAAGAAUUCAAGGCUGAGAACACUGAUAAACCAAAGUUUGAAUUGGCAGCACCAGCUUUGCAAGAAUCCAAAGUCUAACCCUGAUAUAAAGACUUUGUUUUUGGACCAUUCUUGUGGACAGUCGCAGCCAAAUGGUGCACGUGCUCCCUCCCCUGUUACUAACCCACUAAUGAGUAUGAGUGCUGUUCCUAGAGGGGGAGUGUUUCCUCCUCUAGGUACACAUGGACCUUUUCCAGCAGCACCUGCUCCUAUGCCAUCUUCUCUCGCUGGGUGGAUGGCUAAUCCUUCUGCUGUUCCCCAUGCUUCAGCAUCAACCGGGCAAAUUGGUUUUACUUCAACUAAUAAUGGAGUAGUAAUUCCUAAACGUCCAAGAACUCCUCCAACAAAUAGUGCAGCGGUAGAUUAUCAGACAGCAGAUUCUGAACUUGCAUUGAAGAGAUCAAGACCUUUCGGAAUGUCAGAUGAGGUCAGUAACUUGCCUGUCAACAUGCUCCCGGUUGGUUAUGCUCCUCAGAGCCAUGGUGGACAGAGCUCAAAUUCAUUUGAUUUGCCCAAAGCUGUUGUCAUGACUCUUAAUCCAGGGUCAGCUGUGAAGACAAUGGAUUUCCAUCCUGCUCAACAAAUUCUUCUUCUUGUUGGAACCAACACGGGGGAGACUAUGUUAUGGGAGUUAGGCAAUCGUGAAAGGAUUGCUGUCCAUAACUUCAAGGUCUGGGAUCUUGGUUCAUGUUCUGUGUCGUUGCAGGCAUCUCUAGCUAGUGAUUACACUGCUUCAGUCAACCGUGUGAUUUGGAGUCCUGAUGGUUCCCUAUUUGGUGUUGCAUAUUCUAAGCACAUUGUUCAUGUAUAUUCAUAUCAUGGAGGGGACGAUGUGCGCAACCAUCUAGAGAUCGAUGCUCAUGCUGGAAGUGUGAAUGAUAUUGCUUUCUCUUAUCCCAACAAACAACUCUCAGUUGUCACGUGUGGCGAUGACAGGCUCAUCAAGGUGUGGGAUCCUGUUACAGGAGCCAAACAAUAUAUCUUUGAGGGUCAUGAAGCGCCUGUAUAUUCUAUAUGUCCGCACCACAAGGAAAACAUUCAGUUUAUCUUUUCAACCGCAACUGAUGGGAAAAUAAAAGCAUGGUUGUAUGAUAAUGCGGGAUCUAGAGUUGACUAUGAUGCACCAGGUCAUUCCUCCAGCACAAUGGCAUACAGUGCUGAUGGAACAAGGCUGUUUUCAUGCGGAACCAAUAAAGGAGACUCAUACCUUGUGGAGUGGAAUGAAAGUGAAGGUGCUGUUAAACGUACAUAUAAUGGUCUUGGGAAGCGGUCUGUGGGUGUUGUCCAAUUUGACAAUACGAAGAACAAGUUCUUAGCAGUUGGGGAUGAGUUUAUGGUGAAAUUUUGGGACAUGGACGGUGUCAAUAUAUUAACAACAACAGAUGCUGAUGGUGGACUUCCGGCUUCUCCUUGUGUACGAUUUAACAAAGAUGGGAUGCUAUUGGCAGUCUCAGCAAAUGAAAACGGUAUUAAAAUCUUAGCAAACUCAGAUGGAAUUAGGCUACUGCGAAGCAUUGAAAGUCGAUCAUUUGACGCUCCUAAAGUUGGUUCGCCAGCUGUUGUGAAGGCUCCAACAAUGGGAUCAUUUGGUGGUGCUGUCAGUGUACCGGUUGGACAAAGCAGCAUCAUGGAUCGUGCUGGUCCAAUGGGAUCAAUCGUAAUGAAUGGGGAGAACAGAAGCUUGCCAGAUGUAAAACCUAGAAUCAAGGAUGAGUCAGGAGAGAAAUCUAGGAUAUGGAAAUUAACAGAAAUAACCGAAUCAUCUCAAUGCCGGUCCUUGAGGUUGCCUGAUAAUUUGGCAACUAAUAAGGUUUCCAGGUUGAUGUAUACAAAUUCUGGACUUGCCAUCUUGGCUUUAUCAGCUAAUGCUGUGCACAAGCUUUGGAAAUGGCAAAGGAAUGACAGGAACUUGACUAACAAGGUUGUUGUAGUUUCUUUAUUAAAGAAUCUAACUUUUUUUUCUUCCCUUUUUAGAUUUGUUUGUAUAAAUAUAAAUGGAAUAAUAAUAUAUAUAUUUUUCCAGGCUACUGCUAAUGUUGCACCUCAACUCUGGCAACCUGCUAAUGGAAUCCUGAUGACAAAUGAUAUCGGUGACACAAGCCCCGAAGAAACUGUUUCUUGUUUUGCACUUUCGAAGAAUGACUCGUAUGUUAUGUCAGCUUCAGGAGGGAAAAUAUCGUUGUUCAAUAUGAUGACUUUCAAGACGAUGACAACUUUCAUGCCUCCUCCGCCAGCAGCAACUUUUCUUGCAUUUCAUCCUCAAGACAACAAUAUAAUUGCAAUAGGGAUGGAAGAUUCGUCUAUCCAGAUAUAUAAUGUCCGAGUUGAUGAGGUAAAAUCCAAGCUCAAAGGCCACCAGAAAAGAAUAACUGGCCUUGCAUUCUCUAAUGUUCUGAAUGUGUUAGUUUCUUCUGGAGCUGAUUCUCAGCUAUGUGUUUGGAGCACAGAUGGAUGGGAGAAGCAAACGAGUAAGUUCUUGCAGGUCCCAGCUGGGCGUACGCAGGCUCCCGUUGCAGAUACAAAGGUCCAGUUUCACCAAGACCAGAUCCAUUUACUGGCAGUUCAUGAAACUCAAAUAGUCAUAUAUGAAGCUCCUAAGCUUGAAUGCCUUAAGCAGUGGAUUCCACGAGAAACAAGCGGUCAUAUAACGCACGCUGCAUAUUCCUGCGAUAGUCAAUCGAUAUACGUCAGUUUUGAAGAUGCAAGUGUUGGUGUCUUAACUUCUUCUACACUACGUUUGAGAUGUCGAAUUAAUCCCUCAGCUUAUCUGCCUCCCAACCCAAGAGUUCACCCCCUUGUGAUUGCCGCUCAUCCGUCUGAUGCUAAUCAAUUAGCGUUGGGACUUAGUGACGGUGGAGUGUACAUUCUUGAGCCAUUAGAAUCAGAAGGAAAAUGGGGCAAUUCCCCACCGAAUGAAAAUGGUGCUGGCCCAAGCACUACAGCCAGUACAGAUCAGCCCCAAAGGUAACAUAUUUGUUUUAGAGUUUUUCUUAUGAGGGGAUGAAAUGAAGAUUAUAGAUGGAACAAACAGGAGCAACUAAACUGGCCUUUUUAGUUUUAGUGCUUAGUUCAAUUAGCACUGUUUGAGCAUGUUUUAUUUAUAGUGUACUUUAAAAGGAAAUGGAUGAACCUGUUUUGGAACUUUUGAUGGUAAAUACAAUUUGUUUAGUUUCGUCUUCUA